GGACUCCCACUUGAGGUCCGUGGCAGACGGCAUAGUCCCUAUGCCGGUUGGUGGCCUCGCUUUUGGUGUGAUGUCCACUCCAGGAGCUUGUGCAGAUCUUCUGCGCCUUGAGGUUUCACAAGCUGUGUUACCUCGGGAGCCUGAUGCUGUUUGUGUCAUGGCUCCUUCUAACAACCUUACGGCCAGCAGAACAGUUGAAGAGGCAGGGGAUGCAUUUGAGCGGUACCUUUUGGCUGUUCUCAGUCGCUGGCCUAAGGUUUUCUGUACCGCCAUGAUUCCCCGUUUAGUUGGAUCGUGGGAGCGUCAAGACCUGUUUCAGCAGGAGUACCACCGCAGAUCGGCUAAGCUAGGUGUAAGUUAUGUGCCGAUCCACGAUCACCUACCCAGGUACCGUCUUAAACUGUGGUGCCGUGAUGGUAUCCACCUCAGUGAUAAUCACGGGAUGCCUAUACUCACGCAACUGAUGUGGAAUGCCUCCUAUCAGUUCUUGGAGACACACGCACCAAAGCCACUGGUGCAGCACCAGGUGUCUCGUCCGCAGAAAGCGAGUAUUGUGCCCCGUGUGGUUGUGAAGGGUGUGGAACGCAUUCCACCUCCACGCCCUUCCGAAUGGACGUUUGUGAGACCUAGCGGGAAGAGGAACCAUUCAGGGGAAUUUGAAAAGACUUCUAAUUCCCCCAAGAAACGAGUGGUUGUUUCUAAGGCUGAUGACACUUCAGUGGCCUUGAAGGAGUGUUUCAUCCCCCUGAAUCCCGUUAGGUUCUCACCUUCAAUUCUGGCUGCCAUGGACACGAUUGCUCCAGCGGAUGGUCCCACAGAUAUACAGACUACAUCUGUGCGACAUUUUAAGAAAGCAGCUAGGCGUGUCCAGCAGGAGGUUGCAUCCACACCUUGCAUAAAUCCUCUUGCAGACGUGGAGUCUGUUCGGUCUAGGAAGGAGGUGUUGGACUGUGACCAGCUGCCUUCACCCCACCAUCAGGAGGCAUCUGGUUGUCCUGGGUCUGUCUCUGGGUCUGUUGCUGCCCAUGCUGUGAUGCUUCCUUCUGGCCAUCAUGCGCAUGCAUCACCCAGAGGUCAGUCUGCUAACACCCCUUCUUGCGUGCGUUCACAGGUUUUGCUGUCGUCUCUAGUUCCAGAGACAACUGUUCAAAAUCCUGUUGUAAAUAAUUUUGAUAAAGAUAAAACAAUUUUACACAACGAUGAUACAAUUUUAGACUCUGUCCUAGGAUCAUUUCAUCAGGGCGAUGGGCGUUUUAAAUAUGGGGGAGUUCAGUGUGCAGCUAUUACUGUUGUUGCUUUAACAAAGCACAAACAGAAGAGUGUUUUCUCUUGGGAUUUUGCCGUGUUGGAUAACGUUGUUGAGUUAGGAGAUGAGCUGUACACAGAUUUGCGCGACAACAAGAAGAUUAGAGGUGGACAUGAGUUUCUCUCUGUUCCAGACUUGCCAAAGGAAAUUGACAUGGAAGAACAGAGCUUUAAGCUUGUUUACGGGGAUUUCGUUUUAGGAGAUGUAGAUGUAGCUGAAGGCGAGUUAAUAGAUGCUGGUGUGUACACUCCUCUCCUGGAUGGAUUGAAGAAGAUGUGCACACAGCAUGAAACUUGCAUUAUGACAUUAAGUGGCAAUACUUGUGCUAUCAUUUGUGAUAAUGGACGUUAUGCUGUAGUAGAUUCCCAUGCACGCUCCGCAGACGGCAUGGUAGACCCGACAGGACAGAGUGUAGUUCUGUACUUUGCGAACCUUGAUAAUGUUUUUCAACAUUUUCAGAGAUUUGCUAGUGAACUGGUGGGAUCUCAGAGGUUAUUUGAGAUCACUGGAGUGGAUAUUGUUCAGAUGGACACAUUUAAACAUGUAUCUGAACAAACAGAUGACAUUGACAUAAACCCUGUUGUUUUUGUUAGUGAUGCUAGUACUAAAGAUUUUCAUUUCAGUCCCGUUUCUAGAGACGUGUCACAGGCGUUGAGUAAAUGUCUGAAUGUGAAGUCUGCGAUGGUUGAUGAAUCAUCUCCUGUUCCUUCAUGUAGCACAAGUGUGGUUAACGUUGAUGAUGACAACAGUAUUGUAAACAAUUAUACAAUUUUAAGCUCGCUUACAGGAUCAUUUAAUCAGAGCGAUGGGCGUUUUAAAUAUGGCGGCGUUCAGUGUGCAGCAAUUAGUCUUGUUGCUUUAACUAAGCACAACAUACAAAGUGUUUUUUCAUGGGAUGUUGCCAUGUUAGACAAUGUUGUUGUUUUGGGCGAUGAGCUGUACACACAUUUACGUGACAGUAAUCUAAUAAGUGCUGGGAAUGUGUUUCUUUCUGUUCCAGAAUUGCCAAAGGAAAUCGUUAUGGGCAAACAGACUUUUAAGUUGAAUUAUGGCGAUUUUGUUUGUGGAAAUGUAGAUAUCGUUGAAGGCGAACUUAUAAAUGCUGGAGUGUACACUAGUCUUUGGGAUGGUUUGAAUAAGAUGUGUACACAAUAUGAAACAUGUUUUAUUACACUUGGAGACAAUACUUGCGCUUUACUUAGUGAAGAUGGACAUUAUGCUAUUGUUGAUUCACAUGCUCGUUCUGCAGAUGGAAUGGUUGACCCAAACGGUAAAAGUGUAAUUCUAUACUUUAGUAGUCUUGACAAUGUUUUUAGAUAUAUUCUGAGGUUUGCCAGUAAAUUAAAUGGAACUCAGAUGUUGUUUGAGAUCAGUGGAGUUAACAUUGUUCAGAUGGACACAUUUAAAAAUGUUUCUAAACAAACAAGGUUGGCUCCAACAACAGGAAAGGAGGUUAGGCGUGAAGAGUCAUUUCCACUCUCAGAACCAAAAAAGUUACAGACAGAUGACAUUGACAUAAACCCUGUUGUUUUUGUUAGUGAUGUUAGCACUAAAGAUUUUCAUUUCAAUCCCAUUUCUAGAGACGUGUCACAGGUUUUAAGUAAACGUCUGAAUGUGAAGUCGGCAAUGGUUGAUGAAUCAUCUCGUGUGAUUGGUGAAUUGGGUGUACCAUGCAUGAAUAAAUCAAUAGUGGCAGAUGGAAACUGUUUUUUUAGAGCACUUAGUCAAGCUGUUUAUAGCACCCAGGAAUAUCAUAGAAAAAUCCGUCUUGCUUUGGUCAAUCAGUUAAAAAAGAAUCCUCAAAUGUAUCAAACCAUUUUAAGAAGUGAGUAUUCCUCAGUUUCGCAGUACCUCACCUCAUCCAGGAUGCAAUACGUUGGCAGUUGGGCAACUGAAGUGGAAAUUCAAGCUGCUUCUGAUUAUUUUGGCAUUAACAUAUUUACCUACUAUAAUGAUAAAUGGCUUAAAUACACUUCCAACAGCAACUUUUCACAGCAGGCUGUUUAUUUGGAGAAUAUUAAUGGUAACCAUUAUGAGACAGUGGUUUGUGUAAAACAACCUAACACAGAAACUUGUUAUGGUUAUUGUGGCCCUGUAGAUGGUGUUUCUGGGAGAUACAAUACUCGACAUGCCGCUACAGAACAUUUAAAAUGUUCAGUAGAAACUGUGACACUUGAGCCGAGUUCCAUAGAUACAGAUGGUGUUAGUGUUGUUCAUUCAAAUACUUUAUUUACUCCUAUGUCUGUAGAUUUCUGUAAAACUCUGUGUAAUCGGUUGAAAAUAGAUUUUGAGAAACACAAUUCUCAAGAAUCCACAUCAGGUGGGCCUUUAGGAAAUGUGUGUAAGACAGAACAUAUUAUUGAAGAUGGUAACAGUUUUUUUAGAGCUGUAGCUCAUGUAAUUAGUGGGUCACAGAAGGGCCAUCGUAAGAUCAGACUCGCUGUUGUUUCUUUUAUGUCCAAAAAUGUUGAAGAGUGUGAGAACUUUCUGGGAAAAGAACAUGCUUCUGUGUCAGAAUACAUAAAAAACUCACAGAUGAAUUAUGUCGGUCACUGUGCUACAGAAGUAGAAUUUAGAACUACAGCCAGUGUUUUAGGAAUACCCAUAUUUAUCAACAGUGGCACAGAGUGGGUCAAAUAUAGUUCUCAAACUGGUAAUUUUGUCACUGAGGGACUAUAUUUGUCAAACUGUAAUAAUCAUUUUGAACCCGUUCUUUGCAUAAGACUGGGUAAUAAAGAAACAUGUUUUGGGUUUUGUAAAGUUGAUUCUUUGUCAGACAACGUAAACAAAUGCAGAAGGUCAACUUUGAUGCAGUUAAAUGCUGACCCAAACAUGGAAAAGGUAAAAACGAGGAAGAGUUUUUCCAGAUAUUUAAAGCAAAAUAAGGCUUAUGCAGAAGCCUCUAAUUAUAAAACGAUAAGUGCAGUUAAAGACAAAAUAAAAAGUCAGAAGAAAAAUGCAUACAAGGAAAAUGUUGCUUACAGAAUUAAAAAGAUCAGUACGACCAAAUUUAAAUACAAAUUUCUUCUUGCACAUAAAGAGAACGUUAAACGGAGAGCCAAACAUAGGGCCAUUUUCAACUACCAUCAUAAUUUGGCUUACAAAGAGAAAGUUAAACAUAGGGCCAAACAUAAGGCUAUUUUCAACUACCAUCAUAAUUUGGCUUACAAAGAGAAAGUUAAGCAUAGGGCCAAACAUAAGGCUAUUUUCAAUUACCAUCAUAAUUUGGCUUACAAAGAGAAAGUUAAGCAUAGGGCCAAACAUAAGGCUAUUUUCAACUACCAUCGUAAUUUGGCUUACAAAGAGAAAGUUAAACAUAGGGCCAAACAUAGGGCCAUUUUCAACUAUCGUCAUAACUUGGCUUAUCGAAACAAAAAGAAAGAGUUGAGUGGAAAGAAAUACCUUAAUAUUGAGCAUAAAACUUGUUUAAUAGAAAGUAUCCAGCGUGGUCAGAAUGGGGUUCAUGGCCCGAUAGUUUGUGUUCCUGCAAAUAUAGUGGAAACGUGCAGUUUGUUACCACGUACCAACAUGGAGGGGUCUUUAUUACCUGUAAAGUUAAAGCGUAAAUUGACAUAUAAAGGACACUAUGAUUAUCAGUAUGUCGACACACAGCAUGUUCAGGGAGCUCUUCAGUAUUUAAAACAUCAUAAUUUGCAUUACAAAGAUGUAGAGUUCAAUGAGGCUUGGAUUAACACAUUUACUCAGGAAGAUGAGUCAUCUGUUUUGGAAGAGAAUUGUGGUUCAAGUAAAGAUGAAGAUACUUGCAUAGAUGGAGAAGAUGAGUUAUUGCAUGACAGACAACAGCACUGUAUGUUUCAGGACACCUGUCUCAUGCCAGUAGAUAUAGGACAAGAAGCAUUGGAUCAGUAUGUAGAUAACAUAUUAAAUGUAGCUCCAGGUGAAGGUAACAAUCCAGUGAAAUUGCUUUCUGAUUUUACAAAUGAAGCUAAAUGUUUUCCUGUAUUGUUUCCUUCAGGAUCUAAUACUUACUAUGAAAGCAGACAGUUUCGUUUGACUCUGAAUCGGUAUUUCAACAACAGGCUUCUUCAUGUUGAUGGUCGAUUUGCUAACAAUGUAGAGUAUAUAUUUUUUGCGCAGUACAUGUCUGAACUAGAGCAGGUUGUGUCCAAAGUUUCUAUAGCUUUGCGUAAAGGUAAAAGCGGUGAAUCUCAGAAGUUGGGUAAUUUGAUACAGGAUCAGGAUUCUUUAAAUAAGCUGUUAGAGUUUGAUGAUGGCUACCGGUUUCUUAAACCAAUUCGCGGCACACCUGCUUUUUGGCAAUCUGCACAGCGAGACCUCCUGGCCUGUGUAAAAAUGUUGGGCAAACCUACUUGGUUCGCAUCAUUUUCGUCGGCAGAUUUGAGGUGGACUAACCUUCUUUAUAGUAUUUUGAAACAGGAAGGCAGAACAGAGACAGUGGAACAGCUGGAGUGGGCUGAUAAAUGUGACCUCCUACGUAGGAAUCCAGUAACUGCUGCCCGAAUGUUUGAUUUUAGAUGGCAUGUCUUCUUAAGGGAAGUGCUAAUGUCUCCUGCCAAUCCUAUUGGUAAAAUAGAAGAUUAUUAUUAUCGUGUUGAGUUCCAGCAGCGUGGUUCUCCUCACUGUCAUUGCCUUUUCUGGGUUUCUGGUGCUCCCAUUUUAGAUAAAAACACAGAUGAGGAGGUCACUGCAUUUGUUGAUGAAUAUGUCACAUGUGAACUUCCUUCUGAAGACGAUUCACUACAUGAAGUUGUCUCAUCUGUCCAGCAGCACUCCAAACGGCAUUCAAAGACUUGUAGAAAGAAAAAAACUGUUUGUCGUUUUAAUUUUCCACGACCCGCAUCUGUUAGAACUUUUAUUAGUCGCGGCGAAAAGUAUCAAGAUGCAGUGAAGACUUGCAAGUGUGAUAAAACAGACAGCACUGUACAGUGUGCCUGUGCGUGUCAAGAUAAAGCACGUAAACAGGAAAUGGACAAAGAAGUAGCAAGUGCCAUUUUAACUAAAGUAAAGACUGCUAUUUCUAGUGAAGACUGUCCAUAUAACAGUGUAGAAGGUCUGUUUCAGGGCCUGGGUAUCAGUCAGGAACUAUUUGAGAUGGCAUAUAAACGAUUUAGUCGAAAUACACAUGUUGUUUUGAAAAGGGAAGUUAAUGAAAUCUGGAUUAAUCAGUAUAGCAAGUUACUGUUAAAAGCUUGGAAUGCUAAUCUUGAUAUCCAGUAUUGCGUCGAUGCUUAUGCGUGCUGUGUAUACAUAAUAUCUUACAUGUCUAAAAGUGAACGGGAAAUUGGCCUUCUGCUUGCUAAUUCUCAAAGAGAAGCAGCUAAAGAUGGUAAUCUUAGUGCUAAAGAGGCCUUGAAGAGUCUUGGCAAUGUUUAUCUUCAUAAUCGGGAUGUUUGUGCGCAGGAAGCAGUCUACAGGCUAACUAACAUGCAUCUUAAGGAGUGUUCUAGGAAAGUUGUGUUUGUUCCCACCGGUGAUAAUAUAGUGAAAAUGAGUUUGCCUAUUUCUGUUUUGAGGCAAAAAGCUGCAUCACAGGAUCUUACUUCAGAUGACAUGUGGAUGACCGGAUUAGUUGAUCGUUAUAAGAACAGACCAAAUGAUGAUGUGUUCAAUGAUAUGUGCCUGGCUACGUUUGCAUCAGAAUAUCGUGUUUUGAGUAAAAAUGAAAAAUGUAGAAAUCCUAUAAAGUUAAGUAAUGAUUUAGGAUUUGUUACAAAAAGAACUCGGACUAAACCAGCGGUUGUUCGUUACGCGCGUUUCUCUGAAACCAAAGACUCAGAGAAAUUUUUUCAAAGCAUGUUGCAGUUGUUUUUACCGUACCGCCAUGAUAGUCAACUUAAGCUUAACUGUGAAACCUUUGAGGAAUUUUACAGAACUGGUUUAAUUAGAUUUUUUGAUAGAACAAACCACUCGGUAAAGGCUGUUGUAGAUUUAAAUCGGGGUAAAUUUGAGUUAGAAUCUGAUCAUUUGGAUGCUGUGAAUAAUAUAGUCGGUGAUGUAAUGUUAGAAGAUGCAUGGUGUGAGUUGUGUCCGGCAGUUGAAAUGGAACGUUUGGAGUGUGUUGAAAUACUGAAAGAAUCAGAACCAACAGUAAGUGACGAGGCAGAAGUAAUCCCAGAUUUGGCUCCAUGUUCAAACCAAACUGCACAUUUAGAGAAGAGAAACACGAUGAGUAGAGGUGAAGGUCUGGCAUUGAUUAGGUCUUUAAAUGAAAAACAGUUUUCUGUUUUUAAUCAAAUCAGGCAGUGGUGUGUAGAUAAAGUUAAUGGUAAUAACCCUGAACCGCUGCAUGUUUUUGUUACAGGCGGGGCGGGCGUUGGGAAAAGUCAUUUAAUUCGAGCAAUAGAGUAUGAAACACAGAGAUUACUGUCACCAAGCUGUAGACAUCCUGAUAAUGCAUGUGUAGUAUUGGCAGCUCCUACUGGGAUUGCAGCAUAUAAUUUAGGUGCAACAACAAUCCACACUACACUGUCUAUAGGAAAGGAUGUACGCUUACCGUACACUCCUCUGGGUGAAGAAAAACUAAAUUCUUUACGUACGAAAUAUUGUGAUUUGCAGCUUCUUAUUAUUGAUGAAAUAUCAAUGGUCGAUCAUAACCUGUUGUCCUAUGUUCAUGGUAGAUUACGUCAAAUUAAACAAACGGGUGAUUUUUCACCUUUUGGAAAUGUCAGUGUAGUGGCCGUUGGAGAUUUCUUCCAGCUACCUCCUGUUAAAGGGAAGCCACUCUAUUCUGAUGGUGUAGGUAGCAACUUAUGGUCAAGCCUAUUUAAAGUUGUACAGUUAACUGAAGUCGUUAGACAGAAAGAUGCUAUGUUUUCUGGACUGCUAAAUAGAAUCAGAACUCAUACAAAAGGUACACCAUUGUUACCUGAGGAUUUAAAGGUUUUAAAAACGUGUGAAACAGGUGAGGCAAGCUCAGCAUUGCACAUAUUUGCAACAAAUAAUCAAGUAAAUAAUCACAACAUUCAUCAGUUAUGUCACGUUUGUCCUGAUUACAUAUCAAUUACAGCCAAAGAUUAUGUUAAUGAUAAAAGAACAGGCAAACUGAAGUUGUUGGAAGGGAAUCAUGCCAGAGCUUCUAAUACUAACUUGUCAGAAGUGUUACAGUUGGGUAAGGGUGCUCGUGUAAUGUUGUGUAAAAAUGUGGAUCUCAUUGACGGUUUGGUAAACGGAAUUUGUGGUACUGUGACAGAAAUGGUAAUGUUAGAAAAUGACACCUUUCCUAAAAAGGUUUAUGUUCAGUUUGAUGACCAUCGUGUCGGCUUGCAGAGGAGGAAAACCUCCCAGUCUCUGUCAUCAAAUUUAGCUGGAUCUACACCUAUUGAACCCGAGGAGGAAAGAGCCACUGUUAAAGGUGGAUUACGUCGACAAUUUCCUCUUAAAUUAGCUUGGGCGGUUACGGUUCAUAAAGUUCAGGGACUCACUCUUGAAAAUGCUGUUGUUAGUUUUAGGAAAAUAUUUGCACCAGGUCAAGCAUAUGUAGCACUUAGCCGUGUAACAAGUCUUUCAGGACUCACAAUUCAGGACUUUGAUGAAAAACGAAUCUAUUGUAAAGAUGACAUUACAGUUGCAGUUAACGAUAUGACCCCUUUUUUGACUCCAAACUCACAGUUCGACAGAUUUAACUGUUCUGCAUUCACUGUGUUUUUAAUGAAUGUCCAAAGUCUAAAUCGACACGUUAAAGACUUGGCUUUCUGCACACAGCAUUUGCAACCUAAUUGCAUUGCUGUCACAGAAACAUGGGUAUCUACAGACAGAUCAGAUGCAGUACAGAUUGAUGGCUAUAGUUUUUACAACUGCCCACGAGUUUUAGCUUAUUCUAGUACCCAUGAGUCUUUGAUUGCUUUUCAAGAACAACAACAUGGUGGUGUUGGCUUUUAUACUGCAGAUGGUGUGGCAUUUAAAAUGUUGCAAGCUCCAGACGUCAACUUGGAGAGUUUAGUGUAUAGCUUUGUUAACUUACACAUAGUACUUGGACUCAUUUAUCGACCUCCUUUGUAUCCCCUUUCUUUGUUUAAAGUAAAUUUAACAAAUUUGCUUGAUUGGCUGGAGGUACAAAGUGAGACAUUAGUACUAAUGGGAGAUUUUAAUGAUGACAUUUUAAAAUCAUCAACAAUAUUAAAACUUUUGACUGACAGAGGCUAUGCCCAAAUAGUCAAACAGCCAACAACCGAAAAAGGCACUUUAAUAGAUCAUGUCUAUGUAAAAUCCAACAAGUAUAUAACAGAAGCAUCUGUUAUUCCAACAUAUUUUAGUGAUCAUCAGGGCAUCAUGUGCGAUUUUACACGGCUUUAGUUUACCUCAAAAACCAGAUUUGAUUUGAUCAACACCUGACUGCAGAAUUUGUAAUGUAAAGAGGUGUGUGUGUGUGUGUGUGUGUGUGUGUGUGUGUGUGUGUGUGUGUGUGUGUGUG